CCCUUAAAAAUGAUUAUACAGUACGCCCAUGGUCCGUUUCGUGGCGAAUAGCAAGAAGAAGCGACGCGUUGUUUCCUAUAUUUUGGUUGACAAUUAUCUUGAAAAACAUUUUAUUUCGAAUCGCAGGCGAAAAAAAUGUCAAAGUCUGCGCUAAAACACCUGAAGAGCACGUGCCGCGUCUGCGGAAAGUAUGCGAGCAACAAAAGGUCACCGAAAAUAUUCGACAGGACUAACACAAAGAUGGUCGACAACAUCGAGGCCCUCACUGGUCUGCGGCUCGAAAACUAUGGAUGUCUGCCGGACCAGAUUUGCGAAUGCUGCAACAUGGAAUUGGCGUCGGCCAUUAAGUUGAGGGAGCGCUGCCUCGCCGCUCAGAAGGAGCUCCUCCAGGGCUUGACCGAGGAACAGCGCCAGGGAAUCUCGCCUUUUUACCGGGCCGCCGUCAUGGGAGAGGAAGUUCAGGAGGUGGUUAAGGGCUUAAAACCGGAUGAUAAUGAAAAUCUACAAACCUAUCAGCACAUUGUCUAUGAGAAUCCGAAGAUGGAGCUUAUUGAGGACGGCUCAAAGAUCGAAUACGACAACUCAAAAAUCGAAUACGAGAACGUUUAUUUUGAGGUGGCCGAGGGCAAUACUGGCGAUUACGAUGAGACCUCCAUCAUCGAGGAGGCCGAAUAUGAAUCCCUUUUGGCAGAUGAUGACGUCAAGCAGCAGUAUGUGGAGGUUGACGCCGAAGCUGCUGAAAUGAUUGUUGGGGACGUCGCCGAGUCAUAUGUCUACGACUCCGACGAUGAAGUGGCCGUCCUUGACAAUGUUUUGGAUGACGAGUACGAGCACGAGAACAUAGUUGUAAAGAAGUCGAGUUUGCCUCCAAAGCCAAAGGUCCGUGGCGACGACUCACGGCGCCGUGCAACCGGAGGAGUUUACAUUUGCGAUCAAUGCGGCAACCAUAUUAAGGGUCGAAUGGCCUUUGAGCUGCAUUGUCGUCGCCAUCGCGGAGAUAAACAAUACGGAUGCGAGCUUUGUCAAUCACGGUUCUGCACCACAUCAGAGCUAAAACGCCACAUGCGGAAACACACCGGCGAGCGACCCUUCGCAUGCCAGUACUGCGGCCGCUGCUUCACCGAUUAUACAACGCGGGUCAAGCACGAACGCACCCACACCAACGAACGCCCUUAUGUUUGUGGCACGUGUGGCAAGGCCUUCACCACUGGCUACAUCCUUAAGAAUCACAUGCUGAUACAUUCCGGCGAACGAGCCUACAGGUGUGAACUCUGCGACAAGUCAUUUAUGCUACCCACUCAUUUAAGCACCCACUUCCGGUCGGGAGUGCACAAAAGGCACCUGGAGAAGGCCGAAAUGAAGCAGGCCAUGGAGCACGAGCUGAAGCGGGAGCUGAAGGUGGAAGAGGAGGACAGUUUGCACAUCUAGACCGGAGUCGUUCCGAUAAGUAUAUCAAUGAGCAAGGCAAGGAUGACGAUGGCGCAAGCCAAAAAGCAUUUGUGCAAAACAACACUUAAAUGUAUUAGAAUUUAAUCAACAAUAAAUUGAAGCUUCAGAUCCAGUAACAGUGCGAGUGGCACCCGAAUUCUGGCUUGAACUGUCCCCAAAGGAGGGUAAUAUUUGUCAUAAACCCACUAUUCAAUCCUAAGCCGCUUCUUUAAGAUAAGUUAAAUAAUGUAAAGCAAUGGUAACUGGGUAUUGAAGGUUGAAUCCUUUAAACAAUUGUGCGAAAAUUAAAGCCCACUAACUCUGGCGUUCUAUACAAAUGUAUUCGUUUAUCAAUUGAUCGAUAAAAUUAAACGAAAAUGAAUGAAUAUUUAGGAUAGAUGUUUCCUAAAUGAAAUAUUUUUAAAACGGCUUAGUAAUUUAAUUCAAACUAAACCAAAUUGUGAACGUAUGUCAUCUAUUAAAUGAUAAGCUCUUUAAAUAGUUAA